UAAAACGGGGGUGGGGGGAGACAGUUACCCUACAGUCCUCUAGGGGAGCUCUUCGGAAUCACGACAUCUGCAGUACCCUUACACGAAUAACGAAAGACUGUGUCUUUAAGGCUGGAGGGCAGAUUCGCACUGCCCCCUAGGGGAGUUGUCCGGAAACUGACGCAGACGUUUCUUUCAAUUCACAGUUAGGGCCAGCGAGAGGGAACCGUUUUGGUGUCCAGAGUAGCGUGCGCCGUGGCCGAGGGCGGCGAGCAAUAACUUAUGGCGCAAAUAAAGUCAGCCUGAGUACUGAGGAGGGUGUGUCCAGCGCGUCUGGACGGAGGUGAACUCGGUGCUUGGCUUAAAAAAAAAAAAACAGACAUACGUAGCAGCGCGCAGUUGUGCGGACUGAGAAAACAUCGCGGUACUUAGUCUGGGACGCGGCGGCCGGGGCUCGGAGGAUGGAGCUCUAGGCGGCCAGCGGCGCGAGGCGAGGGCGAACGAGAGAUGCGUUAGAGGGAGCUUGCAGGAGAAAGUCCGUUUCCCGCGCUGCUCGAAUUAUCGCCAUCAAGACACACUGACGGAGAUAGAGACGGCCAUGCAGACGUUUCUGAGGGGCCGGCGAGUGGGCUACUGGCUCAGCGAGAAGAAGAUGAAGAAGCUCAACUUCCAGGCUUUCGCAGACCUCUGCAGGAAAAGAGGUAUAGAAGUGGUCCAGCUGGACCUCAGCCUGCCCCUGGAGGAGCAGGGUCCCCUAGACGUCAUCAUCCACAAGCUGACGGACCUGAUCUUGGAGGCUGACCAGAAUGACAUGCAAAGCCUGCUCCUGGUCCAGCACGUGCAGGAUUACAUUGAGGCCCACCCUGAGACUAUUGUGCUGGACCCCCUCCCUGCCAUUCGAACCCUGCUGGACCGCUGCAAGUCCUACCAGCUGAUCCAUCGGAUAGAAGACCGAAUGCAAGACGAACGGAUCUGUUCUCCUCCCUUUAUGGUCCUCAACAGCGAGUGUGGCCCUGACACUUUGGAACAGAUCAGGAAGCACAAGCUCACCUUCCCCUUCAUCUGCAAAACAAGGGUGGCACAUGGCACCAACUCCCAUGAGAUGGCAAUCAUCUUUAGUGAGGAAGACCUGAAGAAUGUGCAACCACCUUGUGUGAUCCAGAGCUUCAUCAACCAUAAUGCAGUGCUUUACAAAGUGUUUGUGGUGGGCGAGUCCUACACAGUGGUGGAGCGGCCAUCGCUGAGGAACUUCCCCUCGGGUUCAGCUGAUAGAAAAGCCAUCUUCUUCAACAGUCACAAUGUUUCCAAACCUGAGUCCUCUUCUGACCUGACUUCUAGGGAGAAUGUGGAGGGUGUUUCCCAGCCACCCAGUGAUGAUGUCAUCCGGGAGCUCUCCAGGGCCCUGCGACAGGCACUGGGAGUGUCUCUCUUUGGCAUCGAUGUUAUCAUCAACAACCAAACAGGCCAGCAUGCCGUCAUUGACAUCAAUGCAUUCCCAGGUUAUGAGGGUGUCCCUGAGUUCUUUAAUGAUCUGCUGAACCACAUCAUAAGUGUCCUCCAGGCCCAGGGCCCUGAGAGCCCUCCCUCAGGGCCAGUGAAAGGCAGUGUGGCGGGACAGACACCCAGCACGGCAGGGCCAGCUAGCGGGGACCGUGGCUGUGCCAGCCCCUCCAGCUGCUGCAGCAUGUUGGGAAAAGAUGCCAGCUCCUGGAUUGUGGAGGGGGAUGGGGGUAAGAAGAGCCCCCACCAAAGACUGGGCUGCAACUCUGCUGUGUCACCCAACUUCCAGCAGCACUGUGUGUCUACCGUAGCCACCAAGGCCUCCUCCCAGUGACUAGCCACCCUUCUCCCCCUGAACAAACAUGACACACAGUAACGGUGGUGGUGGUGGUGGUGGUGAUGAUGAUGUAUGUGUAAUCAAAAAAUUUUCCUAUCAUGAAGAUGGUAGCCAUGGCGAUGAAAGUGAGGGUGCUGAUUAUUUUUUCCCUCCCAGCCCCUGUGUUUUUAUUCCUGGUUAACAGAUUUGCGUGGAUCUGUGGUUUUCACUGAUACUCUGGUAUGAUUUGUGUUCUUCCUCCGACCACUGUCCCGUAGCGAGAGGUCCGUGUGCACUCGAGGCACCGUAUCAGUUUCUGUCAGUGACACAGGGAACAAUGACUUAAAGUUGAUCUGUAUUCUCCCCAGUCUGUUUUUUGCAGAGCGGCAGGGCUUGAACACUCCACAUCAAAAUGUUAGAGCUUUUCUGUUUGAAACACCCAGCUCCCAGAAUGCAUGCUCCAGGGAUUUUGUGCCGUCUCUGUGCUAAUCUUUCACGCUGGUUAGUCUGGUCCCGGACUGUGAGCUGAGACCAGGGUUUGGCGUUUCUAAAGGGUCGUGGGGUUACUCCGGUGGUCCUUCAGAAUGUAACAAAUGGAUCCCUCUGGUCCCCCACCCCUGCCGCAUAGCACCACCGCAACGUGUGCCAGGUUUUUAUUCCCAAGCCACAGUUGCCCUAGGGGGGACACAGUAGGGCAAAAUGUGUUGAUCAGUGCUGGAAAUGCAAUGUUGAGUUCAGUAGCUCUACUUGUAUGGGGAAUAUUGGCCACAUUCCGCUUUGUGUCUGUGUGUUGUGAUGUGCCAGUUUGCUGUGUGAAACACAGGGCAUUAUUGAUAGAUAAGCUUCUUCUUACAAAUUCCGCACUGUAUGAAGAACAACUUCUCCAUCAUCUUGACUUAGGCUGAGUAACGCUUUGGGACUUUGUUCAGUUGCUCCAUGCAAAAGUAGUAUAAACUAAUAGUUAUUUUGUUCGAACUGUAAAGUAAUCAAGUAAUUAAGUUAUUUUUUUCCUCCAAAAGGGCUUUUAAAAAUAAAUCUUUUAAAAUUUACUUUUAUUUAAAUUUUUUUUACAUUUUAUUUCUGCUGAUGGGCAAUGUUUAACACCUAGAUAUUUCAACUAUUUCAGAGUUCAGUGGGGAGAGUUGGCGUUUCCUCUUUCGUGCGGUGUCUGCCCUGAGUCCCCAUGACUGACCCAAACACUUCUGUAGAUCCGGAGAUGCUAUCGUAGAGCAUCUGUGAUCCUACAGUUCCAGUUUUGCUCCACUGGAGGGGCACUCUUCUCGCAACGCCAUUGGUGUUUACACCCUAGUCUGGGUCCCCAGCUGUUAUCUUUGUUCGCCCUGGUUCCCCAGUGACUCAGUGGUGCCCUAGGAACAGUAUGUCUGUCUCUCUGUAUGGCUGUGAUGUAAAAUGUGAGAGGUUGUGGAAUGCCAUAACUCCAGUUUUAGCUUCCAACUCUUCACUGUGACAUUUCCUUUUUCGCUCCUGUUGUUUCUUCAGUACUGUUUAAAAAGCAAAAAUUAUUUUAUGGAAACUGAUUUAUAUUUAUAUAAAUGGGGAAAAUUAAUAAGUGAGCAGGCCCGAAGAACAAACCGUAGAUUUUGUAUUAAAAAAAAAA